GAGCAUAGUAUCCUUGUCCUUAGUUCUCCUGUAGUGGCCGGUUCGAGAAGAGCUGCCACAAGGGGAAAUUUGUCUCGCCUUCCAAUAAGCGCCUGCACCCUUCGCAAGAACACAAGCAUCAGCGGACCGCUAAUUCACUCACCAUGUCGUACUGCACGCGAGUUCUUCGCGCACAGAGACUGUCUGCUCUUGCGGCAGAUAUCCAGCAACGAUGCUUCAGCGCAAGCCCUUUGAGUUUCGCUGCUGCAAAAGUUGCAAUGUCCAAAUUCGACUCGGACAGCUAUCUUCCGUAUGACAAAUUAGAGGAAAAUCUUAAAAUUGUCAAGAAAAGAUUGAAUCGGCCACUGACCUUAUCCGAGAAAGUUCUUUAUUCGCAUCUCGAUGAGCCCAACAAUCAAGAUAUCGUCCGUGGUACUAGCUACCUCCGAUUGCGGCCGGAUCGAGUUGCUAUGCAAGAUGCAACCGCACAAAUGGCUAUGUUGCAAUUUAUCAGCUCCGGGUUGCCGAAAGUUGCAGUGCCUUCCACCAUACACUGCGAUCACUUGAUCGAGGCUCAAAUCGGCGGUGACCAGGAUUUGAAGCGUGCCAAAGAUAUUAAUAAAGAGGUUUACAAUUUCCUGAAGACCGCAGGCGCCAAAUAUGGUGUUGGCUUUUGGAACCCGGGUUCUGGUAUCAUCCAUCAGAUCAUCCUUGAGAACUAUGCCUUCCCGGGUCUUCUAAUGAUCGGUACCGACUCUCACACUCCGAACGGAGGUGGUCUAGGGUGCUUGUGCAUUGGCGUUGGCGGUGCUGAUGCCGUGGACGUGAUGGCGAACAUCCCGUGGGAGCUAAAGUGCCCCAAAGUAAUUGGCGUGAAGCUGACCGGAGAACUGAAAGGCUGGACCAGUCCCAAGGACAUCAUUUUGAAAGUGGCUGGCAUUCUCACUGUCAAGGGUGGCACCGGCGCCAUCGUCGAGUACUUUGGCCCGGGUGUCGACAGCAUCAGCUGCACCGGAAUGGCCACCAUUUGCAACAUGGGUGCUGAAAUCGGCGCCACCACCUCGAUCUUCCCAUACAAUUACAGAAUGCAGGAUUACUUGAAGGCUACUAGCCGCUCCGAGAUCGCUGGAGCCGCUGAUCAGCACAAGAACAGCUUGUUGACGGCUGACCCCAACGCCAAGUACGAUCAAAUUAUCGAGCUGGAUCUGUCGACUUUAGAGCCACAUGUGAACGGGCCCUUCACGCCGGACUUGGCUCAUCCAAUCUCCAAACUUGGUGAGAAUGCUAAGAAGAACGGCUGGCCAAACGAGAUCAAAGUUGGCUUGAUCGGUUCCUGCACCAAUAGCUCCUACGAGGACAUGGGUCGAUGCGCGAAUAUUGCCAAGCAAGCUCUGAAGCACGGCCUGAAAGCGAAAUCUGCGUUCAACGUCACUCCUGGCUCCGAGCAAAUCCGCGCGACAAUUGAACGUGACGGAAUCGCCCAAACUCUUCGGGAAUUCGGAGGUACAGUGCUAGCCAACGCCUGCGGGCCCUGCAUUGGCCAAUGGGACCGCCAGGACAUCAAGAAAGGAGACAAGAACACGAUCGUUACGUCAUACAAUCGAAACUUCACAGGACGAAACGAUGCUAAUCCGGCUACACACGCGUUCGUUACCAGCCCCGAACUUGUCACCGCGUUAUCCAUCGCAGGUCGUCUCGAUUUCAAUCCGGUCAUGGAUAAGCUGAAGGGCAAGGACGGAAAAGAGUUUCUCCUGGAUAACCCGUACGGUGACGAAUUGCCCAACCGCGGCUUCGACCCUGGCUUGGACACUUUCGACUCGCCACCGUCGGACGGUUCCAAGGUUAAAGUUGACGUAGACUCGAAGAGCCAAAGAUUACAAUUGCUAGAACCCUUUGAUAAAUGGAACGGCAAGGACCUGGAGGAUCUGACAGUCCUGAUUAAGGUCAAAGGCAAAUGCACCACGGAUCAUAUCUCCGCGGCAGGUCCGUGGCUCAAGUAUCGUGGGCAUCUCGAUAAUAUUUCCAACAACAUGUUUAUCGGCGCUGUCAAUGCUGAAAAUGGCGAGGUGAACAAGAUCAGAAAUCAGGUGACGAACGAAUGGGGUGCCGUUCCUGACGUCGCCCGCGAUUACAAAAAGAAGAAUGUAAAAUGGGUGGCGGUAGGCGACGAGAAUUACGGUGAGGGUUCCUCCAGGGAGCACGCUGCCUUGGAACCCCGCCACUUGGGUGGCCGUGCUAUCAUCGUCAAAAGUUUUGCUCGUAUUCACGAGACGAACUUAAAGAAACAAGGUCUCUUGCCCUUGACCUUCUCGAAUCCUGCGGACUACGAUAAAAUCCAGCCUUCCGACAAGAUCAGUCUUCUUGGGUUAAAUGAUCUAGCGCCUGGCAAGCCGGUGAAAGCGCAAAUCAAGCACAAGGAUGGCAAGGUCGACACCAUCAGCCUAAAUCACACGAUGAACGAACAGCAGAUCGGUUGGUUCAAAGCCGGCUCCGCGUUGAACCGUAUGAAGGAAAUUUCCAGCAGACGAUAAGCCAACCACCCAUACUCGACAGAAUUAGCCAAUAGCCGUAACGCGUGACGCAUUUGUGGAAAUGGAACAAAUAUGCCACAGAAUGGAGCAAAUCUGAUUAGGGUGUCUGAAGUCGUCAUCGCGUUUUGGGUAAGCGAUACCUAGAUGUCUAGAUGUAACCCAACACGUACAUUCAGGGAGUACAUCAUAAAGGUAUCUAAAAGACAUUUUUAUGGGUCCCUCGUGUGAUUGUCUGGGGAGAUCUUGACUUUUAUCUUUGACCAGCGCGUGUUGCCGCAAUUUGACAAUACUAUUCUCUUUUAUGGUGCGGCAGGGAUGACUCGAAAUCAGAAACUCUGAUAAAUGCGAUCUCCAUUCUAUGGCAUGCCGGCGUAGUUAUAAUCAUAGAUCAAACGUAUCGGCCUGAAUCAUGCCGAUGCGCUCAUGUACAGCUCAACAUGUUGUUAUAUGUACAUAUUUAUCACAAACAUGCUCUUUAGCUAUCAUUUACCAGCUGUUGACGGGUUUUAGAACAGUGUACCGUCACGUUGUUAAUGAGGACAAAUAAACUAUUAGGCAGUGAAUAAUA